GGCAGGAAUACGCGCACACUUGACAUUGACCUCAGCAACGUUGCGUCCGAACCAAGACGCACUCGGGACGGUGCGUUCACCGAACCUAUCUCGGUGGGCCCCAUUUUCUCCCGAACCCUAGCUUCGGAGUGAUCCUUUCGCCCCCUCUAUAUUGCGCCCUCGCGACUCUCCUCGACGCGUGACUCUCGCUCGCUCGCUCGCUCGCUCGUCGAUUACGAAAUUUCUCAGACGCAGAACAAGGAUCAGAAUCGUUGAAACAAAUUGAGGAAGAUGGCACUAGUAUCUGGAGGAAGAUCAACACUGAACCCUAAUGCCCCGCUUUACAUUCCCGCUGCGUUCCGCCAAGUGGAGGAUUUUUCUCCAGAAUGGUGGCAGCUGGUGACGACAUUCACAUGGUACCAUGACUUCUGGCUAAGCCAGCAACAGGAGGAUGGAGCCUAUUAUGGUGAGGAGGAUGAGUUUGAUGGUAAUGAUGUCGUUGAUUUGCUGCCGGAUUCGUUUGAUCUUGAUGCCGGUGAAGAUCUUGCUGUUUUGGACGCUCAGCUUGAAGACUUCAUUCAAUCUUAUGAAACCAAAGAAACUGGACCCAAAGUAAGUGCAUGAGCUAGAGAUGAAACCUUUGAACGCAUCUACCAACCAAAGAGGCCAUAGUAUGCGGUCAUUUAGCUAAUAUUGUACCAUGUUAUCCAUAGCUUCAAGUUUCUUUAACUCUUGUAUAGUCUAAGUUUCAACUUUCAAUCUGUCCUCUGAAUGUUGUCACAAUGUAUGGGGUGAAUAGGGAGAGGAGAAAGAUGAAAAAAAAAAUGUGACUGUUUCAUGUACUGAUGUUGUAAAAGCUGCUACAAGCAAGUAUUCAAAUUACAAAAAAAGAAAAAAAAAACAAAAGAAGACUUCUCUGUAAA